CGUUGGUAGUGUAGUGCAUACUAACAUGAAUCCUUCCGCUUGGUGCUAACAACAACUAGAAUCGUACUGUGAAAGAUCCCAAGCAACAUCAAUGGCACAACAGGAGCAACAGAAGAAGAAGAAGGAGAGUAUUUUAGAUUUGUCAAAAUAUAUUGACAAACAAAUACGUGUCAAAUUCCAAGGAGGCAGAGAAGUGACAGGGAUUCUGAAAGGAUUUGAUCCACUCCUCAAUUUGGUACUAGAUGGAACGACAGAGUUCAUGAGAGAUCCAGAUGACCCAUUUAAACUGACUGAUGAUAGAAGGAAUCUUGGUAUUGCUGUGUGCCGAGGGACGUCAGUAGUCCUUAUAUGCCCAGCAGAUGGCAUGGAACCUAUAGCCAAUCCUUUUGUACAACAAGAUGGGUGACAUAGGAGAAAUAUGGGUUGUUGGGGUGCUACAUGUAGGCAAUGUAUAUAUUGGGGAUGGAGACGUACAGGAGGGUAGGGUUGAUCUUUGUUUAACAGCUCCAGUCCUUUUUCUUGAUUAUCACAGUUUGUAAUAAUUCAUUCAUUAUCAUUCCUUCUUAUUUUUACUCAAAUAAAUUUUUGCUGUAAAAUACUUCUCAGUAAGCUUUUUCCUCAGGCUUUACUUUUCCCAAGUGACAGAUAAAAAGGAAUAUUCAUUCUUUAGUAUUCCUUCUGAAUUUACUCAAAUAAUGUUUUGCUGUAAAAUACUUCUCAGUAAGUUUUUUCCUCAUGCUUGACUUUUCCAAAAUGACAGAUUUCAAACUAUAAAAAGAGAGAGGUAGUUUGAAUGGUAUUCUUACCUGAUUUAAAGUGUUAUAGAUAAUGAAAACCACACCCUUCCCCAUCUUACUUUACAAUUGAAGAGUUCUUUGUUCAAUUACCCAAGAUGAUUGCUUAAGAAAGAAUGACAAGGGUACAGAAAAUAUGUUGCACGUUAAUUUGAGCAUCUAAUUAUGCGAGGAUUGUGGGUUAUUAUGUAUUCAUUCUUAUAUAAAUGUCUCUCACAAAUAGCAGCAAGGAUUAUUUGGCUGUUCAUUUCAUCUCUUCCUGUCAUGAUCAAGAAGAAUGCUUUGAAAGUCCUUAUACGAAGUGUGGAUAUCACAGACCUUGCAUUUUGUCUUUGGAGCAUAAAACUUUCUUGUGGAAAGAGCAGAAGGUAUUGUUGCAUUUCAAGUUCAAAAGCUGCAUUACUAUUAAAUGUGUAAUCAGUAAAAGAGAAUGCACUUGAAAAAUAAUAAGCAAAACCAGGAUGAUUCCUUUUUUGUCUCGCCUGAACGAAGUUCAGUAGAGACCUAGUAAUCACUUUUCCAGUUGGUCCGUUGGUCUGUUAGAAAAUGUUAAAGUUUUUGUUCAACUUGUUCUCAUUUCUUUAUUUUUGCAUCAAUACUUGGUACAUAUGAUCCUUGGCUAAUACCACAUGUAACCUAAUGAGAAUGAUGGGUUCAAAGGUCAUCUGGGGGUCAAAAGGUCAAAUGGUAUGAGGUCAUGCUCAUCCUUUAUUUUAAGUUUUUGUUAAAAUUGCUCUCAUCUCUUUUUUUGUUGUUCAAACAUAUGAUCCUUGGGUUAGACAAAUUCAAUCCGAUAUAUUACAUGAAGAUGUAAAAACGGUCCGAAAACUGACACAUACAAAGUUAACAGAUAAAAAGAAAAAAAAAACAAAUGAAAUGAAAUAAUAUGCCUACGAAUUAACAAAAGAUAAUAAAAUAAAAGCAUAUUGAAGAGUAAGAUUAAAUAUUAGUACUUGAGGUUCAUACACAUAACAGAAAUAUCAUUAAGAGGGGAUAAUGCUAUAUGAAUAAAGAGAAAAAUAUUGGGAUAUAUUGAUUGAUUUCUUUUUUU